AUGACCGAUACAUCCAACUGCACAUCCGUCACCCCAGAAUGCCCCGUCAAGGCAACAUCCUACGGGUAUACACCGCAUCUAGGCGGAAACUUAUUUCUCGCCACUCUCUUUGGUCUAUGCGGAUUAUACAGUCUCGCUAUUGGGAUCAAGUCCCGACAGUGGACAUUCACCAUCGCGCUUGCGGGAGGCUGCUUCAUUGAACUAGCAGGCUACAUCGGCCGGAUUCUGAUGCAUAGCAACCCAUGGUCUGCGGGAGGGUUCGAUGUGCAGAUCGUGUGUCUGAUCGUUGCACCGUCAUUCAUCGCUGCGGGCAUUUACUGGUCGCUCAAGCAUAUCGUGCUCUACCUCGGACCUGAAAAGUCGCGCUUGCCGCCUCGUUUCUAUCCGCGGAUUUUCAUCGGUUGCGAUAUUGCUUCGAUUUUGAUUCAAGCCGCUCGUGGGGGUAUCGCUGUUUCUGCAAGUGACAAUGACAGUAAGAAGCUUGAUGCGGGCAAUAACUUGAUGAUUGCUGGUAUCGCUUUCCAGGUGGCUACUAUGGCUAUUUGUGGAUUGCUGGGGGCUGAUUUCGCCUUUCGUGUUUAUCGAGAGGGACGGUCUCCCAGAUUUGAGGAGAAGGAGGAGAAGAAAGAGGCGUUGCUGUUCAAGGCUUUCUGUGUCGAGGAGGUCUUCGCUUAUAUCACUGUCUUGAUCCGUUGCAUAUAUCGUCUUCCGGAAAUGGCUGAGGGUUGGGCCAAUCCUUUGAUGCGGAAUGAAACGGAGUUUAUGAUCUUGGAUGGAGUUAUGGUCGCCUUAGCCGUCGUUGCACUUACAGUGCUCCAUCCUUAUUUUACCUGCCCCUUUGUUCGCAAGGAGGCUUAG